CUAGUGCAGUUGUGGGGUGACAUGACAUUUGAGCUUGAGGAAGAAAGGAGCAAACUUUGGAAGGACUGACUUGGAUCUCUCUGAGCCGUGAGCUUUUUAAAGAAAUCAGUGGAGUUCCCUGAGAGGCGUGUGUGUGGAGGCGUGUAUGUGUGUGUUUGCAUGAAAUUGUAAGACAUUACAUUACGUCCAUAAGGCAAUUCUCUCAUCAGGUGUUUGUGGUAACAGGAAGAAUGCUGGAACGUUGCCUCACAUUUGGUCGCUCCCUUGUGAGGAGGAAGAAUGUGGACCAGAACUCUUUGGAAGAGUCCAAGCUGUGCCGCUGCCUCUCCACUGUUGAUCUGAUUGCCCUCGGGGUGGGAAGUACACUUGGGGCCGGUGUCUAUGUGCUCGCAGGAGAGGUAGCCAAAGGCAGUUCAGGCCCCAGCAUUGUGGUGUCCUUCCUCAUCGCUGCUCUUGCAUCUGUGAUGGCCGGCCUGUGUUAUGCCGAGUUUGGUGCACGGGUACCAAAGACGGGCUCAGCCUAUCUGUACAGCUAUGUGACUGUGGGGGAGCUCUGGGCCUUCAUAACAGGAUGGAACCUCAUUCUGUCAUACGUCAUAGGGACGUCUAGUGUGGCACGUGCCUGGAGUGGGACGUUUGAUGAGAUUAUAGGGGGCCACAUUGAAAAGUUCUGCAAAAUGUACUUCAGAAUGAGUUUGCCCGGCCUUGCAGAGUACCCUGAUUUCUUUGCUGUCUGCCUGAUCUUACUACUGUCAGGCCUUCUCUCCUUUGGGGUGAAAGAAUCAGCUUGGGUCAACAAAAUCUUCACAGCUGUAAACGUGCUUGUGCUGGUGUUUGUUAUCAUCUCUGGGUUCGUCAAAGGAGACUCGCUCAAUUGGAAUAUAUCUGAGGAAUCUCUCAUAAACGUUACCGUUGUCAAAAGGAAUCUCUCACACACUGCUAAUGUCACUAGCGAUUAUGGGUCAGGGGGAUUUUUCCCUUAUGGCUUUGGUGGGACACUCGCUGGUGCCGCCACCUGCUUUUAUGCCUUCGUGGGAUUUGAUUGCAUUGCAACUACAGGUGAGGAGGUAAAGAAUCCCCAGAGGGCCAUUCCCAUUGGGAUAGUUGUUUCCCUGCUGGUCUGCUUUCUCGCCUACUUUGGUGUUUCAGCCGCCCUCACCCUCAUGAUGCCCUACUACCUGCUGGAUGAGAGGAGUCCCCUUCCUUUGGCUUUUGAAUAUGUGGGCUGGGGGCCUGCCAAAUAUGUUGUAGCGGCAGGAUCGCUCUGUGCUUUAUCAACCAGUCUGCUGGGCUCCAUUUUCCCAAUGCCGCGUGUAAUCUAUGCUAUGGCACAGGAUGGGGUGCUUUUCAAAGUGUUAGCCCAAAUCAAUCCUAAGACGAAGACCCCUCUUAUUGCUACAAUGUCUUCAGGUGUAGUUGCAGCUGUCAUGGCUUUCCUGUUUGACUUGAAAGCGCUGGUGGACAUGAUGUCUAUCGGAACCUUGCUGGCAUACUCUUUGGUGGCUGCUUGUGUCCUAAUUCUUAGGUAUCAGCCGGAUGCUGCGUUUGAGAGGUCUAGGAUCAGUGAAGGCAAGGAAAAGGUUGGUGAGUCUGAACUGACAGAGUCUGAGUCUCACCUGAACAUGCUGAAGGAUGGACGCGUUACCCUGCGCUCUCUGCUCAACCCUCCACUGCUGCCCACUGAACAGACCUCCACUGCGGUCAACGUGUCUGUUGUGAUCAUAGUGUUUGUUGUGUGUGUUAUUAGCUCACUCAACACAUACUACGGACAGGCCAUUAUUGCUAUGGAGCCUUGGGCCCUGGGGGUCUUAGGUGCAUCUUUGUUCAUCUUCAUCAUGUGCAUCCUUCUGAUUUGCAGACAACCUCAGACAAGGAAGAAGGUUUCCUUCAUGGUUCCUCUGUUGCCCUUUCUACCCAUCUUGAGUGUAUUUGUCAACGUGUAUCUCAUGGUUCAGCUCAGCGGAGACACGUGGAUCCGUUUCUCCAUCUGGAUGGCUAUAGGUUUCUUCAUUUAUUUUGGAUAUGGAAUCUGGCAUAGUGAUGAACGUAAGAGGCAUCUACAGAACUGUGGUGUUGCGACGGAGAAAAAGACACUGACAGGAAAUGAAGGCACUGUGGAAUAUGUGACGCACAUAGAGAAGACUAGCCCAUGUUAAAGAACAGCAGAUAAACUAUAAUAGUAACUAGCUGUUAUCCACGGCAUUCACCAACCAGCUGAUAGACCUGUGUAUUCAGCUCUGCCUUUACAGUCACUGCCAUCAUGAACAAUCACUGUAACACCUCUCAGUGCUGAUGCUCUCAUCUGUGAUGUGAUAGCAGGACGUUAGGGGUGUGCAAUCUGGCAUUAGAAGUUCAAUGCAUUGAUUAAAGGAAUUGAUUCUAUACCCAAUAUAAGCUUAUAUUUGUAACUUAAUAUAAAACAUACAUAAUAGAUAUAUAAAACAUACAUAAUAAUGAAUAGUAGCAAAAUAACUAAACAUGAGUAGUGACCAAGUUGUGAUCUAAUUUUUUUUUAUUGUUUUAUUUUAUUAAUUUUUAUUAAUAAAUCAUUAGAAUAGCAUUGAAUUGUUGUCAUAGCAAAUAUUUUCACCCCCAUAAGACAUACCUCUGUGUUUGAAGCAAUUUGCUUUUAAAAUG